UUUCUAGAAAUCCUAAUGAGACAAUACAUCGCGACCUUAAACAGCCAAACCCACCUACCACCACAACACCUUUCCUUCCCCAAGUGCUGCGAGACAGGUAGCCUGUUUACUCCGCGCGUUCACAUCCUCGAUUUUCAUCCUUCAGCAGACUUAACUUUCUUCAUUCAUUUGGCGUGCGUGUUAGUACAAAUUCGGUCUAAGAUUGGACUGCAAAUUAUGUUUUUAUUUGACAGUUGAUUGAAUAAACUCGCGCUUGCAAAACGGUGGUUUUGACGUUCAUCUGACUAACCUUAUAAGAGCGAGUGGCGUUCAGCUUAUUGGAUGCAGGAUACAGGCUACGUGCGCGUCAGCUCCAAAUUCGGCUUUGGAUCACAGAGGAAGGACAGAGGACUCCAGUUCAUUGCGUCGCUGGCUUCCAAUAUGAAGUCUGCAGAAGAAGAUGCAUACAGCUACACCCCGAACGUCAGCCUGUCUCUUCCGCUGGGCAUGGGGAACCCCUGCCUGGUCACCCAAUACCACACUCUGCAGCCCAGUCCGGUUAUCUCCUCGUGCCAGCAGGGGGGCUUCGGCCUCCAGAGCGACAACCAGGUGGUGGGGGGAUACUACCAGCCUCAGGGCUACAGACCCAACGGGGCGCCGGCCCUGGAAAGCCCCCGCAUUGAGAUCACCGCCUACAGCCCCUUCCCCGAGGAGGAGGUGGAGGAAAGCAGCCACAUGGACCUCAUCACCAAGCGCGGGGUCAACUCCGUGGUGACGCUGACCCUCCCCAACGCCGACGGCUACCGCGACCCCAGCUGCCUGAGCCCCGCCAGCAGCAUUUCGUCGCGCAGCUGCAACUCGGACGCCUCGUCCUACGAGUCCGGCUUCUACAACUACGACCACUCCCCGCAGAACUCUCCCUGGCAGUCCCCCUGCGUCUCCCCCAAGGGAUCCCCGGCGCUGCUGUCUUGCCCGCACACCGGCGGGCCUGCAAUCUCCCCCCACCAUUCUCCCUCCUCCUCGCCCCAGAUAGGGGCAGUAGCCGAAGAAAGCUGGGCUGGGCAUCCUCGCGGAUCCAGGCCCAAUUCCCCUUCCUGCGGCGGCGGAGGAAGCGGCAGCGGUGGAAGUGGUGGUGGUAUGGGCAAGAGGAAGUACAGUUUCAAUGGUGCCCCCUUCUGCCAAACAUCCUGCUCGCCCAACCAGUCCCCCAUACCUUCCCCGCAUGGCUCCCCAAGGCUCAACGUCACGGAUGAGAGCUGGCUGGCCAACACCAACCAGUACACCAACUCCGCCAUCGUGGCCGCCAUCAACGCCCUGACAACGGACGGAGUGGUGGACAUGGGGGAGGGCAUCCCUGUCAAAGCCCGCAAGACCAUGCUGGACCACAGCCCCAACGUGAGCAUGAAGCUGGAGCCCCGGGGAGAGGACCUGGGUCUUGACCAUGAGUUCUGCCACGAGGACUACGCCUCCCGCAUGGCCUUCAAGAAGGAGAACUACUGCGGGGGUUUCCUGGAUGUCCCGAAGCAUUCCUACUCCUGGUCCAAGCCCAAGCCUUACCUCAGCCCAUCUCUGCCCUCCCUGGACUGGCAGCUGCCGUCGUGCUCCGGGCCCUACAGCCUGCAGAUUGAGCUGCAGCCCAAGUCACACCACCGGGCCCACUACGAGACAGAGGGCAGCCGUGGGGCCGUCAAGGCUCUGUCUGGAGGACACCCCGUCGUACAGCUCUACGGCUACAUGGAGAACGAGCCGCUCACCCUGCAGCUCUUCAUCGGCACGGCGGACGACCGCCUGCUGCGCCCCCACGCCUUCUACCAGGUCCACCGCAUCACCGGCAAGACCGUGUCCACCGCAAGCCACGAGGUCCUGCAGUCCAACACCAAGGUGCUGGAGAUCCCCCUGCUCCCCGAGAACAACAUGAGAGCCAUAAUCGACUGCGCGGGGAUCCUGAAGCUGCGCAACUCAGACAUCGAGCUGCGCAAGGGAGAAACAGACAUCGGCCGCAAGAACACGCGCGUGAGGAUGGUAUUCCGCGUGCACAUCACCCAGCCCAACGGCCGCACCGUCUCCCUGCAGGCCACCUCCAACGCCAUCGAGUGCUCCCAACGCUCAGCACAGGAGCUGCCCUUGGUGGAGAAGCAGAGUGUCGACAGCUAUCCAGCGACGGGGGGCAAGAAAAUGCUUCUGAGUGGACUCAACUUCCUUCCCGAUUCCAAGGUGGUGUUUGUGGAGAAGGCCCAAGAUGGUCAUCACGUGUGGGAGACGGAAGCCAAAGUGGACAAGGACUCCUUCAAGUCUAACACAAUUGUGGUGGAGAUCCCGCCCUACCGGAACCAGAGGCUGUCCAGCCCGGCGCAGGUCAACUUCUACGUCUGCAACGGCAAGAGGAAGCGAAGCCAGUGCCAGCGCUUCACCUACCUGCCCUCCAACGGACAUUUUGUGCCGAUAAUAAAGACAGAGCCCAACGAUGAGUACGACUCUCUGGGCGCCCCCCGGCCGCCCAAGCCCUACUUCAGCCGGCCACGGCUCUCCCCCAUAAUACCGCUGGGGGACGGGGAGGACUGCCUCAUGGGGGACUACCCCCCCUGCCCGCCCCGCCACGCCUCCCCGGGCUCCAGCCCCACGCUGCACGACCUUUCCCCGGCGGCGGCGGCGGCGUACAGCAAGUGCCUCCCCAACAGCCCCGCCCCGGCGGCCCCGCCCAGCUCCAUGGCGUCCACCAUCCAGGAGAACCCGGGCCGCCCGUCCACCGCCACGGGCCACCCGUCCUCCCCGGACCACGGCUCCUCCCCCUCUGCCCUGGCGCCGCUCCACGCCCAGGGCAGCCCCCACGCGGGCUACCACCCGGGCUACGCCAACAGCUGCAGCAGCGCCUCGUCCUCCUCCGGGUCCCAGCCCUCCACCCCGUGCGGGGACAGCCCCUUCAUGCAGGCCUACAGCCCCGUCCAGGGCCAGCAGCAAGCGGCGGCCGGGACGACCCAGGCCAAGGGCGGCUCGCCCGGCCUGCUGCGGGACGACGAUGCCAGCCCCCCCGCCCCGGCCAUCACCGUCAAACAGGAGCCCCAGGAGCUGGACCAGAUGUACCUGGACGAUGUUAACGAGAUCAUCAGAAACGACCUCUCCUGCAUCUCAGUGCACGCUCACGCAUAGACGUCCAGACGUCCAGAGGCAGCACUGUGCCCAGCAGGCUGAGAUCUCACUCCUCCUCAAAACACUGCCUCACAGCAUCCUCUCCAUGAAGAAAAAGAAAGAAGAAGAAAGAAAUGAUCGAAGAAGAUCUUUCACGUGACCGCAAUGACCAUCAGCUCCACAGAACUCAGUCCGGGUAACAGCCCUUGACCAGGGAUUGCAGGUGAAUGUUUUAAAACUCGUGUCAUAUCAGGUUCUGAAACAUAUGACGACACAUGCCUUAAUCCACAACAAGCACUCCUUACUGGACCAAAACAAGCUCAGUCUGAAUAUACAAAAAUAGAGUAAAAUGACAAUCUCAACAAAUGACGUUCUCCGUUAUACGGGUGAUUCAUUGAACGUAUGCUAAUGCAUGGAAUACAAUAGUGAGAAAUCUGUUUUGUGAGUCCAAGUUUUGGUUUAUUUGCCUGUGCAGUCCAACCAUACCAUUCCAAGUGGUGCCUUAUAAAAAGAAUAUUUUGUUGCAACAAAAAUCUGCAAACACAAUUCAAUGCAAUCGUUUGUUAUCUAUCUUAAUAGCCCUCCUUUGGUUGUAUACAUGUGAAAUAUUGUCAUUUCAAUCAUUUGUUUACAGGGAAAAAAACAAAGGAAAUAUGGAGGGAAUAUUUGAAAAGCUUAUUAAUGUAUUUUUUUUCCUUUGUUUUAAUAUUAUUAUCCGAUGUAAUGUUCAAUAUACUGAAUGUCAUGUAUGUUUUUGUAUAAUCAUAUAUCUGAAAUGUACUUACAUAUGCCUUAUUCUUAUAUUAUGCAGUUUUCUAUUUAGCUUUUGGUGUUUGCGUCAUUGCUAUUUUAUCUCUCUGCUAUUCAUUUUCAUUUUUACACUUUUCACCUCUGUGCCUAUUUCUAUUGCCCUGCCCUAGUCUUCCACUUCACUAUAAAUAAGACAUAUAAAUACUUUAGACAAUCCUAAACAAUUGUACAUAUCUAUCAACAGUUGACCAACAAAUUCUUAUAAGGAUGCAGCUAUCCAAAAGUAAUGUUAUGCAUAAAGUUUUUCAAUUUCUUUGAGAGUGCUCCUCAAAAUGUAUUUUAAUAUCCCUUGCACUGCAGGAUUUUAGGUAACAAAUGUCCAUCAAUAACUUUGAGGCAUUGUGUGUUUUUUUAAUUUUUGUAUGAUAAAUCUGUGAAGUUGAGACAAAUUCUGCUUAUAAUGGGCAAUAACUGAACUGUUCAUAUCAAUUUUUUUUUUUUUAUGCAAUAAAAACUGCCGAUGUGGUAUUUGUUACUUAAAGUGUAACAAUGCUUAGUAAAUUACUGUGGGAGUUGAAUAAACCUGCACUUUAACAUUCUUUUCAAGACCAAAUAUUUUAGAUUUAUUCACUUUCAAUGUAACAAGUAAAAAGUUCAAUUGAACUAAUCAAACAUUUCUUCCAAAGAGCUCUCCUCUUUUCAAGUAACGUGUUUAGUUGUCUUUCUUUGAGCAUGCACACAUUUAAAAUAUGAGGAUCAUUUAGCUGAUAAUAGCUAACCAUAUAGCUUCCUAAUACAUUUGAAACAUAUAAAUAUCAGCAUGGCUAAAUUGUAUGUAUACUGUUUUUAUUGUGUGCCUUAUUGUUCUUUCUCAGCUUCGAUACUAUAGCAUCUCUUUUUUUAUAUGUAGGCACUACGUGAAACAUGUGUCUUUGAAAAAGUAAUAUUUAUGAAAAAUAAA